AUGGAUGCUCAUCUAAAUGUAACAUAUGUAACUCUUGAUGGACAUUUGGAUCUAAACACAUACAAAUACAUUUAUUUUGUGAUGAUGUUGACAAUGUAUAUUCUGAUAAUCUGCACUAAUUCUACUAUUGUUUACCUCAUCGUGACUCACAACAACCUCCAUCAACCUAUGUACAUUUUCAUCGCAGCUUUGUUAGGCAACUCUGUUGUGUUCAGCACUGCUAUCUACCCCAAGCUUCUGAUGGACUUUCUAUCUGAGGAACAGGUCAUAUCGUACCCGGCCUGUCUCUUCCAGUGUUUUCUUUACUACUCUCUAGAUGGUUCCGAGUUCUUACUGUUAUCGGCCAUGGCUUAUGACAGAUAUGUGUCUAUAUGUAAACCUCUGCAAUAUCAUACCAUCAUGAAGAAAACCACCGUGCGUGUUCUCCUGGCUGCAGCUUGGUGUUUCCCUGCUGCUCAGAUUGCCGUGCCAGUCACUCUUAGUGCGAAUACCAAACUCUGCACGUUUACACUAAGAGGAAUAUUUUGCAACAAUUCCAUUUACAAGCUUCACUGUGUGAGCUCCCGAGUGCUUUCUCUGUACGGUGUGAUCGUUUUAUGUAACGUUAAUCUUUUUCCUGUGCUUUUCAUAGUUUUUACAUACACAAAGAUAUUUGUUAUAACCUACAGAAGUUGUGGGGAAGUCAGGAUGAAAGUGGCACAGACCUGUUUACCUCACCUGCUAGUUUUGAUCAACUUUUGCAGUUUGGUUACUUAUGACGUCAUCGCAGUUAAACUAGAAUCUGAGAUUCCAAAAGCUAUAAGAUUCAUCAUGACUUUACAAGUGAUCUUGUAUCAUCCUCUCCUUAAUCCAAUUAUAUACGGACUGAAAAUGACAGAAAUAUCCAAACACAUCAGGAGGUUAUUUCAUCAAGACAAACACAACUAAGAUUUCACCAAAGAUAACGUAUUUAAUCAGAAUGCAAUAAAAUGUCUUGUCAUCUUCUUCAAUGUAAUGAAU